UCUUCAGGCAUUAUCCAACAUGGCCUCAACCUGACCUCUGUCUACAGCCACUUCCUGCCACAGAGGGGACGCUCGGAGGUCACAACGAUGCCCAUGGGGCUUGGAGCUACCGUUGAUUACAUCUUCUACUCGGCAGAACCUGUGGAGAAUGGGAACAGAGGGGGUCGCAGGCUAUACCGAGAUGGAGCGCUGAAGCUACUUGGCCGCCUUUCCCUUCUUUCUGAAGAUGUUCUGUUGCUGGCAAAUGGCUUACCAAAUGCUUUUUGUUCAUCAGAUCAUCUCUGCCUGCUGGCUAGCUUUGGCUUGGAGAUCUCCAGCCUCAGAAAGGGUUAGUGGUGGUUCCCUUUCCUUGAAGAAAAGCUGUUUUGAAUAUAGCAGUUGAAGCUCUGGAUUGCACAACCUGCUUUCAAGAAAACUCUUUU